AUGAAUAGUGAGGAGUUUCGAAGUUUCGCAAAAGCGGCAGUUGAUUAUAUUGCAGAUUAUCUUGAAAAUAUUAGAAACAAGGAAGUUCUCUCUUCUGUCGAGCCCGGUUAUCUCCAUCAGCACCUACCUCAAGAGCCUCCCCAGGAAGGUGAACCAUGGCAAUCUCUCCUUCAAGACGUCGACCGAAUAAUCGUCCCCGGACUAACCCACUGGCACUCCCCCCAUUUCCACGCCUACUACCCCACGGCAAACUCACACCCCGGUAUAGUCGGUGAACUUCUCCUUUCAGGCCUCGCUACAAUCUCCACCGACUGGCACCCAGACAACGUCUGCGUCGCUCUCGAACAAAAAGUACUAGAUUGGCUAGCCAAACUCCUCCACCUCCCCAGCCACUUCCUCAACACCUCUCCCGGUCCAGGAGGUGGCCUAAUCCAAAACGCCGCCAGCGAUUCCACCCUAAUCGCUCUCCUAAUAUCAAAAACGAAAAAAACGAGCGAAACCGCUCCCGACGCGAAACUGGUGGCUUACACCUCCGAGCAGUCAAAUUCUUCAGUAGAGAAAGCAGGAUUGUUGGCAUCCACCACCAUCAGACUCCUGCCUACGGAUGAGCACGGCGCUCUUCGUGGUACUACUCUUCUUCGCGCCAUCCGCGAAGAUAUAGCGUCCGGGUUAACACCUUGCAGCGUCGUCGCGACUCUCGGUACCACGGGCACUUGCGCUUUCGACGAUUUGGAAGAAAUCGGACCGAUUUGCAAAGAUUUCGGGGUUUGGUUGCACGUGGAUGCGGCCUACGCGGGAGCUGCGUUCUGCUGCCCCGAGUACCUACCCCUAAUGAAAGGGGUGGAAUUCGCGGACUCUUUUUGUUUCAACCCCCAUAAAUGGAUGCUGGUCAAUUCCGAUUGUUCCGCCAUGUGGUUCAAGGAUGUGACACAUGCGGAGAAAGUGUUUGAUCGAGAAUCUUCAGGGACUCACUUUUGGCAAAUUCCGGAUGUUCGGAGGUUUAGAGCAUUGAAGUUGUGGUUUGUUUUGAGGGUGUACGGGGUCGAAGGAAUUCGCAAACACAUACGGAAGCAAGUGGAUUUGGCGAAGUACUUCGAGGGGUUAGUCAGGCGCGAUUGUAGGUUUGAGGUCUGUCGGGUCAGUUUGGGGUUGGUUUGUUUCAGAGUCAAAGGGGAUGAUCGGCGGACGCAAGAUCUUAUAGAUAGGGUCACUCAAAGGAAGAAAAUUUUUGUUAUGCCGUAUUAUUUUAGAGAAAAGUUGGUUAUAAGGUUUGUGAUUUGUAGCAGGUUUACUGAGGAGACGGAUGUUCUUGUUGCUUGGGAGGAAAUUAAAAGUCAAGUGGAACACAAUCUGGACGGAUGA